GCUACUUUUUUUUUUUUGAAUAUAUAAAAUAUCUGGAUUUCUAGUUAUUUUUCCUUUUGACAUGGCGACGGAGGAGAGUAAUCAUGUUUCGAAUGGUGAAGAUGAUCGUCAGGAGCAAGAAGACGAGAAAAUGGAGCAGUUUUUUGCUCUGUUAAGGAACUUUCGGGAGGCGCGUAAUAAGCGAAAACAGGAGCUGAGACAGAGAGAUGACGAGGAGGAGAUGAGUAAGAAUAUGAAGAAAAACAAAGCAAGUAAUUUGGGUGACGAUGAGCAACCGAGUUGGGUUCCGAGAUUUGAAUGGGAAGAUUUUACCGCGGAGAUUGAGUUUCGAAGGCCACUCAUAGUCUUUCCAACUCCAUACAAUAAGAAACAGGAAGAAGACGAUGGUUUGGAUCUGAAUCUCACCCUUUCUUCAGCAACAGUUUAAUUUUCUUGUGCAAAAAAAAGAAUGGAGUUUUAUCUUGUAUUAUAUUGUUGAUCUUAAUUAUUAAUGUUUCAAUCUCGAUUCUCCUGGAUAAG